AUGUCUUUCGCGCUGGGAAUGUGCGAAACUCCAGGAUGUAAGUCGGUGGCUAGUCUUCAGUGUCCAACUUGCCUGAAAAUUGGCAUCCAGGGAUCAUACUUUUGUAGUCAGGAUUGCUUCAAAGGAAGUUGGAAAAUUCAUAAAGUCAUUCAUGAAAUUGCCAAAGGUGAUACUAAAAAAUCAUCAUCCGAUGAGUACAAUCCAUGGCCAUCAUACCAUUUCACGGGUAAAUUGCGUCCGUACCCGACACAUCCAAAGCGACAAGUGCCAGAAACUCCCAAAAUAACGCGACCAGAUUAUGCGGACCACCCAAAGGGUAUUCCGAUAAGUGAGCAAGCAGUCAGGGGAUCUUCUCAAAUAAAAAUCCUAGAUGAUGAGGAGAUCGAGGGGAUGCGAGUCGCCUGCAAACUGGGCCGUGAGGUCCUCGACGAAGCUGCCAAAGUUUGCGAUGUCGGAGUUACAACCGCGGAAAUAGACCGGGUUGUCUAUGAAGCUUGUAUCGAGAGAGACUGCUACCCUUCACCGCUCAACUAUCAUCAAUUUCCAGCUAGUUGUUGUACAUCUGUUAACGAGGUGAUUUGUCAUGGAAUUCCCGACACUAGGCCGCUACAGGAUGGCGACAUUUGUAAUGUCGAUGUCACGGUGUAUCACAACGGCUUUCACGGAGAUCUCAACGAGACCUUUUUAGUCGGCAAUGUUAAGCCCGAAAUUAAAAAACUGGUUGAAGUAACUUACGAGUGCUUAGCAAAAGCUAUUGAGAUUGUUAAGCCGGGAGAAAAAUACAAAGAAAUUGGUAACAUUAUCCAAAAGCACGCACAGGCUCAUGGUUUCAGUGUCGUGCGUAGUUAUUGUGGUCAUGGAAUACAUCGAUUGUUCCAUACUGCUCCCAGUGUUCCUCAUUAUGCUAAAAAUAAAGCAGUGGGUGUCAUGAAAGCGGGUCAUUGUUUCACGAUCGAGCCGAUGAUAUCCCAGGGCACUUGGCGUGAUGAAAUGUGGCCGGACCAUUGGACCGCCGUGACGGCCGAUGGACAGUGGUCAGCCCAAUUUGAGCAGACUCUUCUUGUCACCGAGUCUGGCUGUGACAUUUUAACGAAGCGUCGCACAACCGAUGGCCGUCCGUGGUUCAUGGAUCAAUUGAAAAAAUAG